AAAGUCAUUUCUGGCCAUUCGGUAUGUAACAGGUUUUCACUAUGCUGUUGGGUUAUUUGAUCACAAUUUGUUUUUGUGUUACAUUUCAUGGGACAGGUGCGUCCACUGAAUUGUUCCACAAUGCUGAUUUCGAGAGCACUUCCUUUUCCGGUAAUUGGGUAGCUAUUGACUGUACCAUGACUUCCCGUACUGAUGAUAAAUAUCAUGGAACUCGCAGUAUCAUGGUCUCUCAUAGGCGAGUAAAAUGUCAUCCAUCCCUAUUUCCUGUUUUUAUGGUUGAAGCAAUGAUAAUUGCCUUGCCUUUGUUUAAGUUUGGUUUGAGUUUAUUCUGAAUCACUUACGAAAGUAAUGAUUUAGACAUAAAUAUAACAUAAUUGUUUCUAUACCAGUUUUUGAAUUAGCUAUAUAUUUAUCCUUCAAAUGAAGCUUUCUUGUUCUUGUGUAAAUCUUUCUGAUGUUGUAGACAUCAUGUGUGGUCGGCAGUCCGGCAGACAUUUCAUGUCACUCCUGGGAAGAAUUAUGUGGUUAAGAUGUACUUCAAGCUCCUUAACCUUCCUGAUGGACACCCUUACGCCGAAGUCAAACUGAACGUGGCUCUUACAGUAAACGGACAUCCGAAGUACUUCAUGUUGGCAAAGGUUCCUAUGCAACAGCUAAAAUUUGGAUGGACGGAAAUAAGUGGCGAUUUUUAUGCCCAAGAAGGAGCCACAGUUGCUUAUCCAUACAUAGAGAUACCAGACAUUUCUGUCAAUUACCUGGUUGACUUCGCCAGUGCUCAGGAGCUACCCCAUAAUUCACACUGGAUGCCAGAUGCUCAAAAAAGAAUCAACAGUAUCCGAAAGGCCCCUGUUUCAUUCAAAUUGGCACAUGGGGUUAAUGCACAUGGCAUUUCAAUCGAGUUGAUCCAAAUGAAACGAGAUUUCGCUUUUGGAACUGCUGUGGUUGCUCAAUCCAUGACCAAUCAAUCUGAAAAGGGAUACCAGGACUUCGUGUACAAGAACUUUGAGUGGACAGUCUUUGAAGGUGCUCUGAAGUGGUUGGCAAUGCAGUGGUCAGAGAAUCACUUUAACUUAGACAGAGCGUUGAAUGCUAUUUCUGCACUGAAAUCUCAUGGGCAAGUAUUACACAUCUGGAUAACCUAAAUUUCAUCAGGCGUAUGAGUUAUAUAUAUUCAAGAUAAAUCAUUGUAA